GGGGUGAGGGGGUCCCGCGCGGGGGUGGUGAGGGACGGCGGCCCCUGGUUGGGCUGCGGGGCGGGGGGCUGGCAGGCGGCCCGGAGAGCCGUCCCCGCGCUGGUUCUGGACGGAGGCCGGAGCCGGGCGCUCUGGAAAGCCCCUUGCCCGGGGUGGGGGGGCGGGUGGCAGCAGGAGCCCAGUCUGCCCGGCCCGCCGUGCGUGCGCUAAGAGGGGUCUGUCAGCACCCCCACGCACACAGCCUGGCUGGGAAAGGCCUGCGGGGUCCCCGUGAUCCCUGUGUUUUCUCUGUUGUAGUGGGGGACGGUGCUGCUUUGAGCAGGGGAUUGGCCUAGCCGACCUCCUGAGGUCCCCACCAGCCCUCCUCUUCUGUGAUUCCAGUAGGCCUCGCGGCAGGGAGGCGGCUUGUUGUGCUGAGGGUGUUUUCCGCAGUCUCAGUUGUCCUCCGGUCCCCCCCCCCCCCAUCAGGGGGAUCUGUUCCUCCUUUUUUCCUUCCCCUCCACGCGACUCCACCGAGGAUCUGGGGGGGCUUUUCUGGUUGAGGAGAGCACCCCGGUGGGUGAUAUUGCGAGGAGCGCUGGUCCCCUGGAAGUGGUGCUGAGAGUGCAGCGAAUCCAGGCGGACUGAUUAGUGCCUUUUGCUCUUCCGGACUGUGAGAGGGGUCUGUGUGCGUUGUUGCUUUCCAGUCCCCGGGACCUUCGGGGAGACAGCUCUGUCUUGAUUUCUUAUAAAUUGCAUAGAGAGGAGCGGGGAAGGAGAGAGGGGGAGAGAGAAGAGCAAACCAGUGAGCAAAAUUGCUGUUAUGGCAACUCAAGUGCUCGGCCAGUCUGGUGGCAACGGCUUGUUUCCUGGCAAUGCUAACAUUGGUAUGGCAUUGUCUAACGACAUGUACGACUUGCACGACCUUUCUAAGGCUGAGCUGGCUGCUCCUCAGCUCAUUAUGUUGGCAAAUGUGGCCUUGACAGGAGAAGUCAAUGGCAGCUGCUGUGAUUACCUGGUCGGAGAGGAGAGGCAAAUGGCUGAACUGACGACAGUGGGGGAAAGCAACUUUUCAGACAGCGAUGGAGAGGGCAUGGAAGAUGCACAGGGAAUGGAGAGUGACCCUGAUGGACCGGAGAACAUGGAAUUAGGAACUCUUGAAAUGCCUAGCGUGGAAACCCAGGAUCCAGCAGCUUGCCCGCCUCCUGAGACUUGCAGCCUAGACAAGGACCAGUCAUUGGAAGCACCAAGUACUCCAGAGGGCACAGAGGACAAAUGCAAAAACUUGAAGAGCAAACCAUUUCGUUGCAAGCCAUGCCAGUAUGAGGCUGAGUCUGAGGAGGAAUUUGUGCAUCACAUCAGGGUUCACAGUGCUAAGAAAUUCAUCGUAGGAGAGAAUGCAGAGAAGCAAGCCCAAGUGAAAGAGUCUGAUUCUUGUACCACAGAAGAGGCAGAUUUCUCUAAGGGGCCUAUUCGAUGUGAUCGCUGUGGCUAUAACACUAACAGAUAUGAUCACUAUUUGGCUCACUUGAAACACCACAACAAAGCUGGUGAAAACGAGAGAGUCUAUAAGUGCACCAUAUGCACUUAUACGACAGUCAGUGAAUAUCACUGGAAGAAACAUCUAAGAAAUCAUUUUCCUAGGAAAGUGUACACAUGCUCACAGUGCUCCUAUUUUUCAGACAGGAAGAAUAAUUAUAUUCAACACAUUCGAACUCAUACAGGGGAGCGUCCCUAUCAAUGUGCUAUGUGUCCCUAUUCAAGUUCUCAGAAGACCCAUUUAACCAGGCACAUGCGUACUCAUUCAGGUGAGAAGCCAUUUAAAUGUGAUCAGUGCAGCUAUGUUGCCUCAAACCAGCAUGAAGUAACUCGUCAUGCAAGGCAGGUUCACAAUGGGCCCAAACCUCUGACCUGCCCACACUGUGACUACAAGACAGCUGACCGAAGUAACUUCAAAAAGCACGUAGAGCUUCAUGUCAAUCCACGCCAGUUCCUUUGUCCCGUCUGUGAUUAUGCUGCAUCCAAGAAAUGCAACCUGCAGUAUCACAUAAAAUCCAGGCAUUCUGAUUGUUCUGAUAUCACAAUGGAUGUUUCCAAAGUGAAGCUACGGACUAAAAAGAGUGAAGCAGAACUUUCUGAAAGUGCCAAGGACAAGACAGAAAAAGAACAAACAAAAGGCGAGUCAGCUGAAAAGAAAAAUGAAAAAGCUGUAAAAGUGGAGAAAAAGGAGAGCUUAUCAAAGGACAAGAAGUCAACCAUCAGUGUUUGUGUAGGUCAGGUGACCACCAGAAGUCGUAAAUCAGCUGCUGAAAACAAGGAGGCAGAUGUUAAAAGCGAGAAAGGUGCAGAGAAAUCAUGUAAAACAAAGAAGACUAAAAGAAAGGCAGAGGUUGAAUCAGUUUCCUUAAAGCAAGACCCUGCAAAUGACACACAAACAAUAGCAAAAAAGAAAAAGAAGGUAGAAAAUAAAUCACGAAACAGUCAGGAAGCCCAAAAAGGCGAAGUCACAUCAGAGGCACCUAAAAAGCUAAACUCUUGCCUUAAGAAAAACAGGAAAAAGAAGGCUAUGAAGAAUAAGCAUAGCAAAAAAAGCAGUAAAUCUGAUCAGGAAAAGAUCCCAGAUGAAGCAGCCCCUGAAAAGCCUCCCAUCACGGAAGAGGAUGGAAACAGGAAGUCUGACAGUACUAGUGAUGACCAGCAGCCAGAGCAAGACCCUGUUGCUCCAACCCUGGCUGAUGCUGACAGCCAGAUCCCUGAUGGAAAAAGCCAGAUUCCUGAUGGAGAGUCUGUCCAGGACCAGGUAUUCCCUCCCCCACAGCCUCUGGAGGAAAAUGUGGAGCUAGAGGUGAAAGAUCAGGAAGCACCUGUUGCAGAGGAGGAGAACGAAGAAUCUGUUAAUGAGAAGGAAGUUGAGAAUGAACCUGACCAAGAGCAAGCCACCUGCCCUGAGGAGUGUACCAGCACAUCUGAACAAAACCUAGAAAAAACCCUAGAUGUGCCAAAUGAUGCAGUUCCAGACUUGACACCUCCACCUCCGUUGGAACCAGAGCAAGCCUGCGAGACAGAACCUGUGACAAAUCCAGAUUCAGCUGAUCUGACAAAGGCAGACUUGCCUGCGGAAGAGCCAGCCCCAACACUGCCAGCACCAGAAAAGUGUGAGCAGGGUCCUAAAGAAGCCCUGGCUUUAUCAUCUCCAGAUAACACAGCAGUAAACGAAUCUCAGGAAAUUGAUGAGGACGAAGGCAUCCACAGUCACGACGGCAGUGAUAUAAGUGACAACAUAUCUGAAGGGAGUGAUGAUUCUGGGUUAAACGGUGCUCGGUCUGUACAGGAAGAAACCAGUAGAAAAGCAUCACAGGAAGCUGCGGAAGCCACAGUUGCAAAGGAGAACUAUGUGUGUAUUUUCUGUGAUCGUUCAUUUAAAAAAGAAGGUGAAUACAGUAAGCACCUCAAUCGCCACUUGGUGAAUGUGUAUUACCUUGAGAAGGCAACAAAGGAGCAGGAAUAACCGAACUGCAGUUGGGUAGCAAGUUUAUCCUUUUUUUCUGUAAGAUCUUAUACAGCUUAUGUACAGUUACUGUAGAAUCUUUUUUGACAUGCCGUCAGCUUUAAUUAGUAUCUGGCUUAAUGACUUUUUAAAGUUGAAAAUAUUUUUGCCAACUUUCUAUGUAAUAAUGAAUUCAUUAACAGUUGUAUCUCUUGAGUAGAGGUGAGUAGGAUGUACGAGGCUGUAUUGUAUUAAAUCAGUGUAAGCCUCCAGUUUGUUAGUUCAUGCAAUUGUUUUAUAAAUGGAGUAUUAGCAAACAGACUAUAGCUACCCCAAAGUAAAGUAAGUCAGAUCUUUCUAGAACAGUAGGCAUUAGUUUCUUUUUAUUUGUGCAGCCAGAUUUUCUUUAAGUUUUAGUUUUUCAUUAUCUUAAGAUAUGGUGGUAUGCUAAGUGUUUAAGCUACUCGGGUUUUUUUUUUACAGACAGGUUCUGUUUCAUAAAGAGAGCACUUUGAUAAACAAAUCCAAGUUGGUUAGAGAGAAAUGUAAUCAUUUGAAGAUAAUUAUAAUUCUGAACAUACAUUUCAGAUCCCCUAAUCGUGAGCAGUAAGCCAAAAUUUGGAAGGAAUAUUUCCAGUUUUUGAUUGGAGAACUUGUAUCUUGGUAAAUAUAUAAAGUAGUAACUGUAGCGUGUCUUUGGCGUUGUUGUGGGAGAGCAAGUUGCGGGAUUGUUUUUCUUCUUUUGAUUGUGCUUUAAGGGCUUAAUAUAUUGCACAUUGUUUUUGAUUCUUACCUAUGCAUUUUUUAAUUCUUUAGGAAUAGAGUUUGGGGGGGGUGUGUGUGUGUGUGUGUGUGUGUGUGUGUACACACACACACACACACACACGUGUUUGGUUUUGUUCAUGUCUCUGUUUCCCCCCUUUUUUCAAAAUUUUCAGAUUCGUUGCUUACCCUGGGCCAGUUUUUGUGAUAAUCUUUGCUGUUGUUUUUCUUGUUUUCAUGGGGUAUUAUUGAUUGUGCAUGAAGUUGCUAAAAUUAUAUACAGUUUGGUUAUUUUUAAGUAGCUUUAAAAUUGUAUAGUUUGGUGGCAAAAGGAUGUCGAUACAAGUUCAAAACACUAUUUUCAGUAAUCACACUCAUGACAUUUUCAUUGUAUUUUUUCAUGGAAUUGCCACUUCUGGUAUUGUAAUAUGUAAACUGAGUAUUAAUUUUAAUUCAUUUAUAACUUUUGAUUACCAUAAAGUGAAAUAUUCAGUGUAGGGGGAAAUGGCCUGCAUACUUCUGCAAACCCUGAUUCAUUUUUUCCUUUUCAUUUCAAUGUGAGUAACUCAGUCUUCCUGAAGAGAACAAAUUGUAGCACGGGCAUAAAUGUGGAUCAUCCAUAAUCCCACGCAUCAAAAAGGCUAGUAAGCAACAAACCUGGAGUUAGAAAAACUGUUGAAAUUCCUGUUCCUUAUUCAUUCAAGUUUAAUUAACUAAAGUCACCUGACCUGCUAAGGUUGCUUAAAGAGAAAAUAAAUUGGUGGCUGGAUUAUAAACUCAUUCCCAUAUGCAAGAGAGUCAUAUAAAGAAAUUCUGACUGCAGAGAUCCAUCCAGAUUAAGAUUCAGAUUAUUUUCUUGGGGCACGCAAGCGCUAAACUGGCUAAGGGCCAGACAGUUGCCAAAAACACCCAGACAAGCAAAAACCCUCAUCUUUGCAGCAAGAGAACGAGCAUUUUAUGUUCAGUUCCAAGGGGAAACUGGCUCUUGGGGUAAGCAACAGCUACUCAAGCUUUAUAACCCUGAGUGUUCUCUGCCCUGCUUUUUGUACAGCAGUUGUGGGGGAAAAUGUCAUGCAGGCAAGUAGAGCCCCUGGGUGGUGAUAUCUGCCUGGAUAUUUUGUGGCAAGGAUUCUCAAUAUGACCUUGGGGUGUGGGGAGGGACAGGAUUGCAGAGUUUGCAUUUAUUUUGUUCGCUUCUUGUUUUAGUUGGUUCUGGGAUCUGCAUUUCAUGGCAUGCAGUAUUGUAACUUGAUUGAAUAGAGAACAGAGUGAAUACACUGCUUCUGCUUAUGAGGGAGAUUGGUAUUGGGAGGCCAAAGAUUUGAGGUGGGGAAAAUCCCGCCAGGCAGAAAUCAAUUGUAUAAUGUAUAGUGAGUUUGUAUUUGAUUAGAUAGCAUUCAAUUUUUACCUUGGCUGUGACAAUCAUUGUCAACUGAAGAUCAAUUUGCAACUAUAUUUAUGUUAAAACAUUAAGAAAAUAAAUCUAGUUGAAUCGUCUUCCUAAACAACAUGUUGUAAUAGUCUUAGAUGCAGUUUUCUUGUUAACAGUAUGUUGUCUUAUAUAUAAAGUUGUUGGCAUCUUUUGUAAGAGAUUUGAACAGAGGCUGGGAAUUCCAGUGCUGUGUUGUGGUUUUAAAAGAUCACUUCAUAUUUUUUAAAAAACAGCGGUUGCUGUCUUGUGAGAGGUGUCAAGGACUUUAGCAAUGUGCAGAUACAGUUUUUGGGCUAGCUUGGUUUUUGAGAUAAAAGUAAAAACAUAGCAGUAACCUCAAUGCCAAUUAAAUGAUCUGCUGUUACAUAAAAGCUAAUGUAUGUUUCUCCAAGUUAAAAUGCUGUACAUUGCUGGAGAAUGGGCAAGCAUAAACACUUGACCUUCACAAGAACUGUUUGAAAAGGAUAAUGCCUAUAUUAGGCAGUAUUCCUUCUCAUAAGAUUUGAAACUAAAAAUUAAUGUGUUUAAGGAUGAAAAAAAAAUGUUGAUUACAUAUAUUAGAGAUGUGAUCUUUCUGUCCUGAAAUACCUUAGAUAUCAGUAUGUAACCAUGUUGGAAUUCCCAUUUUUCUGUUUUGAUUUUAAUAGAUAAAGAUAGGAAUGUGAGAGUAUGUUAAAGUAAAUCAGAAAAAGAUGUAACGUGUCAUUCAUAUCUAACAAUAUGCUUAGACAGUGCUAAUGAAUAUUUGAAAUAGGCUGUAAGACAUAGUUAACCAACCUUGUGUGUUCUGAAUAUGUAUUUCUCAACUCUCCCUUUAAACAUAUGUACAACAUUGUGUUUCUUUUCCAAGAACUUUAAAUUAUUUUGUAUACAGUUAUGCCAGUACUAGCUUCUUCCCUGUCAAAAGCCUUCUCUUGGCAACAGUGCCUAUACCAGUAUUCAGCCUUUAAGUUGAGAUUGGAGGGAUUGCUGCAGGUUUCCCAUACAGCAGUAUCCCACACUGCCAAUCCCAUAUAGAGUAACAUGGUGUUUAGGGCCUUAAUGUUUGUGAAAAUACAUGCUCAGACUGACUGCCACAUGAAAUAAUCUCAAAAGUAGACAACCGGGAACUUGUAAUCCAUUGUGCUAUAGUUGCUGUUUCUGGAUUUUGAUGAUCUAGACUGGAAUUUAAAUCCUUAAAAAAAAAUAAUACGCAAAAAAGCCCUGACAGGUCAUUUAGCACCCAAUAAUGUUUAUUUCUACAGAGUAAUGUAGCUGAAAAACGUUAACCAAAAUCAAGAAUGUUGGUUUUGUAGAUACCCAGUUUAUAUACAAUAUUAACUCAUCCAGAUAGCUAAUGGAAUUGUUUCACAUGUACAUAUGCUUUUUCCUAAAAUUACAUUAGCUAACAAACUUUUGUAAGCUGGCACAGAAACAUUUUUAUGAUGUUUUGUUGCACCAUGUUUGAAGCUUUUACAGUGCAAUACUUGUAUUUUUUUCUGAAUUAAACCAAAGGUAAUUUUUUCAUGCUCUCUGUCUACUAUAGUGCAUGACAACCUUUUAUACAUUUGUAAUAGAUGUAAAACAAACCAGAUCACAAGUCCUGUUUUUACUUAAAAUAUGUACAAGUCUUCUGUUCAAAAUGUAGUGUAAAGUUGAACUAAAUUGCAUUAUAUUAACCCUUACAAGUGUAUUUUCCUAAGCAUAGUUAUGAUUAAAUAAACUUUAUU